UAGCAAACCAUUAAUAUAACCCGGCGCCAGUUUAAAUGCCUUUCCAAAAGCACGGCACCCAUGCAUUUUAGACAUUGAUUGUCUUGGUUUCGUUUUAGGUGUUGUAAAGGUUUCUUCUGUUUUUAGUAACUAAGUUUAAAGUGUAGGUUUACAAAGCAAUGGAUUCAACAGAGCCAGCUGAAAUUAGCAUAAUUCGGGAACAAUAUGAGAAAGCCCUGCAGUAUGUGAACAAAGGGCUUCAGUAUGAUGAAGCGGGGAAUAAAGCUCAAGCUCUCGUCCACUACAGACUGGGCAGGAGCCAUCUUCUCAGGGGACUAAAGGUGAACACCCAAGGUGAGCGCUGCGUCGGCCGCAGCUGGGACAUGGCUCAACAGACGCAGCUGAAAAUGAACGAGACUCUGAGCAGCAUCACCACCCGUCUAGCGGUGCUGGAGUCCACACCGACCCCGGGUCAGCGCCUGUAUCCGACCCUGCCUGUCCUACGGGACCUCCAGGCACCAACCAACCAGAUUUCAACAUCUUCAGGAGGAGCCCCUGCUCUUCCAGCCUCUCCUGCGAUGGGUUUCACUGUACCCAGUGAGCUACCUCCAGCCUACACCCCUCAACCAACAAAUGGGCAUCAGUCACUCUCUCAUGGAGGGAACGGGUCAUUUCAGUACACUACAAAUCAGAUACCACAGCGCCAGGCUUUUGCCCCAGUCAAUCUCAGAGAGGCUGGCAUGGAGAUUAUGUUCUUGCCCAGUGGGGUGCAGAUAUUCUUUGUGUCUGCUGAGGGCCAGGUCAGUGCCCCCACUUAUCCAGGGUACCUGCGAAUUAUCAUAUACUUCAACUCUGAAAACGGUGGUACCUAUGCCCCUGCCUACCUACAGGUUUGUGAUUGGAUCUACCCGCUAUACCCAGACUCCCCUGUCUUGCUCAGCAACAGAGGUGUGUUUACAUUUCCUGAUACCACAGCAGCAGUUCCAGGGUCCUACGUCGGAGUGGUGUUGUCUUCAGAGCUGCCUGCAGCAGACAGAACUCUUUUCCAGGAACAGCUAUCGGUGCUGGCACAGCUCAGAGUCCAGGUAGAUGAAGGACCUGGUGGGGCUUCAGGAACAGACAUAAACCUGAGUGAGAAGGUUCCUAUUGGUCCUCCUACAGACACAUCUCAAACACCAGGAGGGGAAGAAAAGACCAUUCCUGUGUGGAGUGAAAAAAUGUCACAGAGCAUUCUAGCAGGGACAUCCUGGCUGGGGCGGGGGCUUGUGCGGGGAGGUGAAGCUACGGGUAAAGCCAUCCAGAGAGGAGCAAUCAAGCUGCGAGAAAACAUCACUCCAGAGGAGACCCCAGCAGAGGUCAGCCCAAAGGUUACCAAGGGGCUAAAUGUAGCCAAGCAAGCUACUGGGGGUGCUGUGAAAGCCAGCCAGUUUCUAGUGGAUGGCGUCGCUGCUGUGGCUGAAAAAGUUGGGAAGGAACUUGCUCCACAUGUGAAAAAACAAGGCAGCAAACUUAUCCCAGAGUCCCUCAAGAAAAAUAAAGAUGGAUGCUCCAGCAUGGAUGGAGCCAAACUAGUGGCAGGGAGCAGCAUACAAGGUUUAUCAACAGUCUGGUCAAGUUUGGAGACAGCAGCAAAGACUAUUGGUAAAAGUGUAACUUCAGAGACUGUGACUACUGUGAAGUACAAGUAUGGAGACGAGGCAGGGCAAGCUGCAGACACUGCAGUCCAGUCAGCUGUCAAUGUUGGUGUCACAGCGUUUAAUGUGGACAACCUGGGCAUCAAGGGGAUACUGAAGACCACGGGCAAGCACGCUGCUAAAGCAGUGGUGAACGAGAAGUCAGGAAAAGAACAAAUCGAGGAGAAAGCAAAGCCACUUAAGAAAGGAGAGGAUGAGAAAAGUUAGUCAUGUGAGCAAAUGUUGAUAUGCAUAAUGGGAAUAAAGGAAAUUAAAAUAUAUAAAAGAAGCGUUAUUGUCUAAAAAAAGAGCACACUAUUUUGUCAUGCUCUUGAAAUAAAUAUUUAUUUAAAAAUUGGUUGGAAGGAUAAAAGAUGAUCAUUUUGUGUUAAUGAGAUGUGUAUGAUCUAAUUUGAAAUUAUUAUACUGUGCAAUGUUAACAGACAAAAAUGCACUUGGGCACUUAUAUGUAAGAUAUGUUUAUUUUCUUAAAGAUAUUGCUUUUUUAAUCCAUGUUACUCAUAUUCUGAGGGUUAUAUUCAUGAAGAAACUGUCGACAACUGCAGAUUAUUUGCUUUUUAUUUACCCUUGAUUGUUGAUUUUAACAGUGUAUCAUAUUGUGUUUUCAAUAUAAAUACAUGUGGCACCCUCAAAAUUGAAUCCAACUUUACCAAAUUUACCAAAGUUGUUGCAUAUUAUGCGUAGUUUAACUAUACUAUUGUUUUAUAAAACAAUAAACAAACUAUGGUAUUAAUUAUGAAAAAUAGUAGCUUAAUUUACUUUAGCCUUACAAAAAAGUACUAUGGUAGCACCAUGGAACAGUGAGGGUAUGAGAUGGUAAUACAUACUGAAUGAGUGACAUACUAUAUUCAUAUACUAUGGCAUUUACAUUUGAAGUCAGAAGUUUACAUACACUUAGGUUGAAGUCAAUAAAACUCAUUUUUUUAACCACUCCACAGAUUUAAUAUUAGCAAACGAUAGUUUUGGCAAGUUGUUUAGGACAUCUACUUUGUGCAUGACACAAGUAAUUUUUCCAACAAUUGUUUACAGACAGAUUGUUUCACUUUUAAUUGACUAUAUCACAAUUCCAGUGGGUCAUACACUAAGUUAACUGCCUUUAAGCAGCUUGGAAAAUUCCAGAAAAUUAUGUCAAGCCUUUAGACAAUUAUCGAAUUAGCUUCUGAUAGGAGGUGAACUGAAUUGGAGGUGUACCUGUGGAUGCAUUUUAAGGCCUACCGUCAAACUCAGUGUGUCUUUGCUUGACAUCAUGGGAAAAUCAAAAGAAAUCAGCCAAGACCUCAGAAAAAAUGUGUGGACCUCCACAAGUCUGGUUCAUCUUUGGGAGCAAUUUCCAAAAGCCUGAAGGUUCCACGUUCAUCUGUACAAACAAUAGUACGCAAGUAUAAACACCAUUGGACCACACAGCCAUCAUACUGCUCAGGAAGGAAAUGCAUUCUGUCUCCUAGAGAUGAACGUAGUUUGGUGUGAUAAGUGCAAAUCAAUCCCAGAACAACAGCAAAGGACCUUGUGAAGAUGCUGGAGGAAACAGGUAGACAAGUAUCUAUAUCCACAGUAAAACGAGUCCUAUAUUGACAUAACCUGAAAGGCUGCUCAGCAAGGAAGAAGACACUGCUCCAAAACCACCAUAAAAAAGCCAGACUACAGUUUGCAAGUGCACAUGGGGACAAAGAUCUUACUUUUUGGAGAAAUGUCCUCUGGUGUAAUGAAACAAAAAUUGAACUGUUUGGCCAUAAUGACCAUCAUUAUGUUUGGAGGAAAAAGGGUGAGACUUGCAAGCCGAAGAACACCAUCCCAACCGUGAAGCAUGGGGGUGGCAGCAUCAUGUUGUGGGGGUGCUUUGCUGCAGAGAGACUGGUGCACUUCACAAAAUAGAUGGUAUCAUGAGGAAGUAAAAUUAUGUGCAUAUAUUGAAGCAACAUCUCAAGACAUCAGCCAGGAAGUUAAAGAUUGGGUCUUCCAAAUGGACAAUAACCCGAAGCAUACCUCCAAAGUUGUGGCAAAAUGGCUUAAGGGCAACAAAGUCAAGGUUUUGGAGUGACCAUCACAAAGCCCUGAUCUCAAUCCGAUAGAUAAUUUGCGAGCAGAACUGAAAAAGUGUGUGCGAACAGGAGGCCUACAAACCUGACUCAGUUACACCAGUUCUAGUCUGGAGGAAUGGGCCAAAAUUCCAGCAACUUAUUGUGAGAAGCUUGUGGAAGGCUACCCAAAACAUUUGACCCAAGUUAAACAAUUUAAAGGCAAUGCUACCCAAUACUAACAAAGUGUAUGUAAACUUCUGACCCACUGGGAAUGUGAUGAAAGAAAUAAAAGCUGAAAUAAAUCAUUUUCUCUACUAUUAUUCUGAUAUUUCACAUUCAUAAAAUAAAGUAGUGAUCCUAACUGACCUAAGACAGGGAAUGUUUUCUAUGAUUAAAUGUCAGGAAUUGUGAAAAACUGAGUUUAAAUGUAUUUGGCUAAGGUGUAUGUAAACUUCUGACUUCAAAUGUGCACAAUUCAAGGUACUGUAAAGAAUCCCAUGGUAUGACCAUGGUACCAUGUCCAAAAACCAAACCAUUGUAAUACCAUGGUACAUGGUAAUUUUUGUUUGUGUAAUUUAAUGUACUGCCAUAAAC